UGUUUACGAAUUAGCAACGAAACAAACUGUCAAACGGUAAAAAUUCCAAUUAGAGUUUCUGGUUUAAUUUAAUAAAUUAAAUUUAAUAUUUGCGAAGUGGAAUAAAUAAAACAAGGUCCUCCAGUAUGUCUGAAGAAUUUCGCGCAGUCACAAGAAAAAAAUGGAUUGCACGUAGGUCCAUAAACCCAAGACUACGAAGGUUAUCAGAACGUUGCAAUGAAAAAGACGAAAAGGAAGUGGACGUUGACGCAUUUCUAAAACGCCUGGAACAGUUAUGCACACAAAUGGUGGGCAGUGAUUACUUUAUACAGGCAAUGGAGACUGUGGACGAAAGCCUCAAGGCGUUAAUCGACAAUGAGAAAUUUUCGCGUCUAGUUUGUUUUGGCAUCGGUCCUUUCUCUCGCAACUUUCAAGCAUUACAUCAGCUGGCUUUCAUUAUUUGCACACAACGGCAUUAUGGCAUUGAUGAAGCCAUAUAUUUUGAUCCAGUAUUUCGUGAGAGUGAAAAACAAAUUUUGCAGCGACUCAAUUGUGCGCUAAUGUCGGAAAAUUGUGAGGCAAAGUAUUCCGUAGAUGAACGCACAUUAUUCUAUCUUCCCCAUUGUCCGAAUUGUUUGACCAACAAUUUGCUAUGGAGCAAUUGGCGUCCAAAAUGUUUAAAACAUUUGAUACUUAUAAAUAAUAGUUUUGAAAGUUUGUCGCUUAGCAAAACCGAGCGUUUAUUGAGGCUGGAUUCAAGUUAUAUAUUGGACGUGUUGCCUUAUGUCAAAGAAUAUCAAUUAGAAGAUGAUUAUGAAACACACAAUGUUUUUAAUGAUUUGUCAGUACAUGUGUUUCCUAUGGCAUCACUACCUGCUUCCGAAAAUUCUUUUUGGAAUAAAAGAGAAGCACCAACAUAUACUGAUGUUGAAAUGAUCUCUGCGGAGGAGUUCGGAAAACUGAGGCUAACGUAACGCUGCCUAUUAAAUUAGUUUAACAAAUAAGUAAUUUAAGUUAAUAAAUAAUAGUACACAAAUUAUAUUUAUAAAUACAUAUCUUAGUUGGUAAAUUAAAUGUCUAAUAUAAUUAAAAUUCGUUUAUAAAUUUU